AUGCCGGGCGUGCUCACCGCGUCGGCCACGUUUGUGCUGUGCACGCCGCUCGGCCGGUCGCCGUCCAACGGGCUGCUGGUCGAGUUCAUGUUUAACAUCCAGGAGACCCACGCCUGGAUGAGCGCCCCCUAUUCCAAGGCGCUCGCCGGCACGUACGAGGACGGCGGCGGCAACCCCGGGGCGCUCUGCGAGGCCGGCGCAAUCCCUCUACUCUGCAAGGUCGAACCGAGGGUCGUCCCGGACUAUGCGUACGCGUUCGAGGACCCCCUCACCUGCCAGCCCGGCGGCCCCCGCCGCGUGCAGCCGACGAGCCCGCGGGACGCGGACACGAACGCCACAUACGUCUACGCACUCCCCGACGCGCGCGCGGCGGUCGCCGCGGCCGCUUACUUCGACCCCAGGGCGCUCUCGCCCUGGGUGCUCGCCGCGCGGUCCGGCGGCGCGGGCGCGGCCUUUGAUGCGACGUACGUAUCCGACGCGGCGUUCGCGGGCACGGUGGUCAGCGCCAAGGGCGCCAUGGUCAAGCAGGUCACAGGGCGCGCGCGGCCGGCGGGCGGGCCGACGGUCAGGAGCACGUACAGGAUGCGCGCGGGCGCGAAGCUGACGCGCGCGGUCAGGCUGCGGGCGGCGGGCCAGGUGUCGGGGGCGCUGCUGCUGACCGCGAAGGGCGGCAACGGGGUCUUCAGGAAUGACCGCGUGUCGACGGUCGGUGUGCCUGUCACGGGCCCCAUUGGCCCCAAUUUUGCUGACACCUGCCCUGGUUUUGCGGACAAAGCUAACGCAGCAGCUGACGCGAGCACUGCAUUCAUCAUUGGGACACUCGGCCAGCUGUCCUCUAUUUCCGUGACUGCGGCUGUGCCUGACGACGCAAACGAGCCGGACGGCACGAGUGUGUACAGUUACCUGGAGGUUGUGCUUUACGUAACCAACAAAGGCAAAGGGGAACCGGUGACACGCAAUGAUGUCAUCGGGCUGGUCUGGCAACCAGGGCCGCACCAGGACGAUGAGUAUGCAACUGACGCCAACCUGGCGGAGCAGUACUGGUUCCAGCGCCGCCGCGACCUGACGCCCGGGGUCGACGUGGAUAUGAUGUUCGUGCCCUCCUACACAUCAAACGACACCACGAACUCGAACCGCUACCCCACCAUACAGCAGUACGUCUCCGGGCUGGCCUACAGGAACGCGGUGCAGAACGCGAAGGGCGACGCGAGCUACACGGUCCGCAGCGCGCGGCUGGGCAACUCGACGCGCAUCCUCGGGGUCGGCGUCGGCAUAUCGCCGAAGCGGCCGGCGGACCCGGCGGCCGCCGACGACGCAGACAGCGCGAACCCGUCCGCGUUUCCGAAGCCGGGCGUCAAUUCGCAGGAGCGCUCUUUCUGGGUGUCAGCUGUGACCCUGUCCAUCCUGGUGUCACCAGAUGACUCAGUGACUAAGGACUACGCAGUGGAGUUUGCCAGCGUCAUCGGUGCUGCAACAUAG